AUGGAAGCGAGAGAAAAACUCACUUUGCAAGAAAAGCUCGCUUACGGCGGGACUCCAAUCCCUCACCAGACCUCUAGAAGGUUUCGAGGGCCGCACAUCUCUCUGGCAGCCACCCCACCCGACACCGGACACAAAAUCCGCCGUCUUCAUCACUCCUGCCCCAAGCAAGAGCACGCGAGCAUCUGGAGAAACAAACAUAUGAAGGCGAUGAAAAACAGCUUCCGGAAAUUGGGGAAAAUGCACAGACGGGGGAAGGCGGCGGUUCCGAGGGACCCAACGCGACUACACACAUCAGCCCGAUCGGAGGCUGGCAUAGCAACGCCGCCCUUUGGCAAAGAACAGACAAAAAAGCAGAAGGAACGCCAGGAGCAGAGCAGCGUCCAACUCGAGCAAGGCAAGCGUAAGAGGCAAACACCAUACGAAACACGCGUGGAAGAUGGGCAGGAGAAACUGCAAGAGGACGAGCCCGAGAAGCAGGGCGGAGGGGAACGUGAAGACACAGCGGAGGAAAAAGGGGACGGGCAGGUAAAACGUCCUGAGGAGGAGGGCGAGGAAGAGGGCCCGAAGGCCGAGAACCGGAGCUACCGUGAAGGUCAGGAGGAAGCGGCCGAGAAGGAAGGAAAAGGGCGGGAGGAACACUCAGAGAAAAAUGCCGAAGACGGCUCGGAGCCCCAGAAGGAAGAGAGAAGUGAACACAAAGACAUAGCAGAGAAUGUCGCAAUGGAAUCGCUGGACGAGCGUUCACCUGAGGAGGAACAAACGGAGGGGACGAGGGUCGAGUAUGCCACCAGCCCAACCAACGAGCAUUCACCCGAGGAGAAACAAACGGGGAGUACAACGGUCGAGGAGGCCACCAGCCCGACCAACGAGGAGGAAGUAAGGACGAAGCGGCUGUACAGCAAAGCCAAGGGUCCUGCCGAGGCCCCACUACUUCAAGACUGGUUCAUACAACGUGAGCCGGUAGUUGCUGCGAUAUGCGACCGUCUCGGAGUCAACGAUCGUGGCGGCAGCAGAGCCUCGGGAGAGCCGCCGGUGGUCGGCGUGGCGGGACCCAGCGGCGCCGGAAAGUCAACCAUUGCUUCGAUGAUCAUUGCUCGGAACGACGUGCGAGGGCAUUUCUCCGAGAAGCGAAUUGUCUGGCUCCCCGUUGGCCAGGGGGCGCGGGACCGCCUCCUGGACGUCAUGUACCGUCUUGCCGUCAUGGUGCACGAGCUCGUCGUAAACUCGUCGUCGUUCCCCGACGACGGCCCGUUCAGACCACCUCAGCCGCCAGACAUCGGAGUGGAGCCCGAGGACGGGGCGGCGUAUGUUCGCGAGAUCCUAACGGCGGACGAGGGCGAACGAAGCAGUGGCGGUUUCGGGGAGCUGCUGGUGGUGGCCGAUGAUAUCUGGGAAGCUGAGGUUUUGGCGGAGCUGAGGAGCACGGGGGCGUCGAUCCUCUACACCACUCGGUCCGAAGAGGAUCUGCUGGCGGCCAGCGGCGGUAGUGACGUCCUACGAGUAGAUGAGGUCACGGAGGGGGAGGCCGAAGAAAUACUCCGCAGGGCAGCCGACCUCCUCGACCAUACCAAGCUUCCGGAUGCAGCUCAUGACAUUAUUCGACGGGGUGGACCCGUGGCGAUGGACGUUGCCUACGUGGGGAGAUGGGACAUAGUCCGCGGCAAUAACGACCAGGCAGCGUGGGCGGUGGUGUUAGCCCAUGUCAUCGACGCCCAGAAUUUCAUGAAAGGAGCCGCGCUGCUGCCUUGGAGAUCAGCCGUGCUUCGGGUCGGGCUGACCAGGUUAGGCCUUGCUGACCAGGGCACCAAGGAGCUCUACCUGUCCUUGGGGGUUCUACCUCGCAACCUUUCCUUUUCGGUUGGCGACGUCACGGCACUUGUGAGCGACGGCUCGGCUGAAGAACUUCAAGCGGCGACACUAGCCAUUACAACCCUCGAACAGUGGUCCGUGUUGGUGAGAACAGAAGGAGGAAGGUACCGGGUACACCACUCGCACGCGGACAUGGCCUGGCAGGGUAUAUCCGAAGACCCAGCUACCUUGGGCUCAGCUCUAGCAAGGUGGCGUAACCGCGUAUCCACGGCAGAGGCAGUGCUAGCGUGGCGCACCGAGGAGCUUGUGGACAUCUGGCAGGCUAUAUGGAGCCUGGAAAUCGGCGAGGGGGCUGCAGAGAUUGGCCAACCCUACUCUGAAAUUGUCGACGCUAUGAACCUAUCGGAUGCCGGCGCAUUUCAGCUUCUUCGUCGGAUUGCGUUCUUCCAGUGGAUGACAAAUGAACCCGAUGCGGCCUGCAUGUCCUGGUCAAAGUUGCUCGCCUCGGGCGAGGACUCCGCCGCGAACGAUCCAGACGUACACGCGAUCAUGUAUACGCUCGGGGCGCACGCGUUGGUUUCAGGGCGGACACACGAAGCCGAGGGUUGGUUCAGGCGAACACUGGCCAUCGAAGAAAAAGUUCUCGAUUCUGACGACCCCGCCAUCGCAGAUACGCUUCAUCAGAUCGCGUCGUGCGCGUUUCGCGAGGGCAGGGUGAAAGAAGCAGAGUCGUUUCACUUGCGCGCCCUGGCCGUCAGAGAGAGCUUGCAAGGCCACGAGCAUCUGGAGGUGGCCAAAACCUUACACUCGCUCGGCUUGUGCAUUUUGAAAAUGAAUACCAGAGCUAAGGAAGCCGAAGGAUACCUCCGUAGAGCGCUGCGGAUCUUCUCGGAGAAGCUGGGAGCAACAGACACUACGGCUUCUACCGCGAUGUACGAUCUCGGACGCUGUCUUUCGUUGGCAGGGCAGACCAGAGAAGCUGAAGAGUACCUCCAGAGGGCCCUGUCCAUUCAGGGAAAUAGGCAGGGCCUCAAAAGCACUGCGGUGGCGAACACGCUGUAUGCACUGGGAGGAUGUAUGGCAGACGCGGGGCAGCCUGCAGUUGCGGGUGUCUUCUACAGGCGAGCGCUCGCUAUCCGGGAAGAGAGCUUGGUAGCGGAUGAUCCAUCAACCGUGCGAACCGUGCGCGCCCUCGCACAGGUGCUGCUCGACACUGGGAACACCGAGGAAGCGCAAGGCUUGUUCCAGAGAGCGCUCGAGAGCGUGGAGAACGUUCUCGGCAGCAACCACCGGGAGGUGGCCGUGCUGUUUCAUGGCCUUGGAGCGUGCGCUCUAGCCAAACAGAAGCCAGAGGAAGCCGAGCAGCAGUUUCAGAGGGCUCUGGCUAUCAGAGAGAGGUCGCUGGGGGCUGACCAGUCAAGCAUCGCGCACACCCUGUACGACUUAGGAAGGUGUGCAUCGCAGGCCGGGCGGAUGGAACAAGCGGAGGAUUUCUACCGAAGAUCGCUCAUCAUUGAGGAAGCAAACCUAGGCGAGCACCACGAGGAGGUGGCUACCGUGCUGUACUCGCUCUCGGUGUGCGUGGCGGAGCAGGGGGGGCGCAACAAGGAGGUGGAGGGUCUGCUUGAACGAGUCGUGGAGAUCAAGGAGAUAAACCGAAAGGCGAUGAAAUCGACGGAACGCAACGACGUAGAGCUCGCAGACAUCCUCGGCGGGCUAGGGGCUGCCUCUUUCCGGGCAGGCCAUCUGGACGCUGCGGCUAAGCAUAUCCGUCAUGCUCUAGCGAUCUACGAGAAGGCCCUAGAUGCUCACCACCCCAAGAUCUCCUUCACCCUGAACGCGCUGGGCAAGUGCCUGUUGAAGGCGGGUCGAGCGGAGGAGGCCGAAGUCUCUUUCCGGCGGGUGCUGGACAUGGCCACCGCUGAAGGCGAGCACAAGGGAGGCGGAGACUCUGGCCACAACUGUUGCCAUCCACCCGUUGGCGACACUUUACAUUUUUUGGGACAAUGCGCCAUGUUCGAAGGGCGUACGGAGGAAGCGCGUCGACUGUUUCACCGUGCGCUCGAGGCAAGGGAAGAUCACUUGGGCCCGGACCACCCCAGGGUUGCGCUAACCCUGUACAGCAUCGGACGAUGUUUCUUCGACGAGGGCAACCUGGAAGAAGCCGACCACUAUCUCAACUGCGCGUUGUCGAUACAGGAAAAAAUGCUUGAUCCUGAACACCCAGCCAUAGCUGCCACCCGGGCCGGCCGCGAAUCCAUCAGGCGGAAGCAAGUCUACUUUCGUUAAAGCGCAAGUCUACUUUCGUGGGCGAUCGAAAUGAAGGUGUCAUCACGUAGGCAGUAGCACAGCAGUCGUUUCGUCAACGUCCCUAUUUUUUUAGGGGAACAGCUUACUUCGAAGAAGUCUGGUGGCCAUGUUUCUUGGUUGGCUGACUCCUACCUUUUGGAGAGUAGUACGUCAGUACCAUUUCGCGGGUGUGUGUUGAACUCACACCAGGAGAGAGAGAGAGGCACGGGGUACUCAUGAAGAUGUUUGUCGCAGUCCCUAUAUCAUUGAUUUGAAUCUGUACAACACGGGAUGUGGAGAGAGGGUAAUGGAUAGAGACACAGGGAUUAAAACAGGGGUGAAAAGAGAGACAGGCACGGCAGAGGGAGAGAGACGGGGGUGGCAAGGUUAACGGAACAAAACAAUUGACCACUCAAAGGUAUGGGUAAAAGUAUUUUCUAAACCCUACUAUAAGGUCGUUUACAAAUUUGCUUGUUUUGGAUGCAUUUUAGGGGAUGAGGGGACGACAUGACUACCCGCCCUCCCCCAAGCGCAAUAUGACAUACUACCCCUAAAUGGUACAUGACAAGAUCAUGUUAUUUCAUGGAUUAUGUGUAUAGGGGGCACCGUGUGAUGUAAGGUGUGAAUGUGCGUGCCCGCUAGCCAUGGGCGCUGGCCACGUCUGUGCACGCUGUGCUGCUUACCACCUUGGACGACGAGAGGGGGAGCACGAUGAGCGCCCCCUGCGCCCUCAGGGGGGAGGCAGUGGAGAAGAGGGACGGAGGGAGGGGGAGGAGGAAGAAGAGCCGGACGAAAGCUCGAUGGAGAGUCAUGCGCCCUGCAACAGCGUUUUAUGAGUUGGCGUUUUUCACGGUGCGGUCAAUAUAUUUAUCGGAAAGAAGUAUUAUUGGUGAGUGGUAGAUGGAACGGAACAGUCAUCUUUUUACCAGCACUUCAUCGUGUAUCCCCUGUUUUUGUUGACCGUUGGGGCUAUUGUAGUCCACGAAGAGGCGUGUUUAUUGUCCGGGCUUGAGUAUUACUGGAAAUUGAUCCCAAGGACUUUGUGUUUUGUUUUUUGUUUUUGUUUUUCUCCCAUCAUCAUUGGACUCUGUCGUCUGCCCCUCUGGCCCCUAUCCUCCACUUCUACUAGCUAGACGACCCAACCGGGUCACAUAGGAGGGGGGGGUUGGACCCCCUCCUGCGGUUCAUGCCUGAGGUAUUUUUAUCGCGAGAAGGGUACAGCAAUCCCUUCCCUCGCGACUUAGGAAGUCGAUUAUGGUUUACUAACAAACGAGCUUUGCAGCGCGUCGCUUUCAUCCUAGACCAGGGUUUAUUUAGUGAGAAAAAAACUCUCGUUGCCGGGACUCGAACCCAUGACCUGAUCCUUAGCAGACUGCGAGGCUACCCACCAGACCACCGGGGCGACCGGAUUGUGUAUAGGUGGUUUGAUGCGUGGUUUGCCAACAAGUUUUGGGUGCACAGCCUCAAGGGCAAGAUUCAUUUUUCAAGUUUCAAAUUUCUAUCACGUCGAAUGUAGACUGAUGGCAGCUGUUUCGUGGUCGCGUCAGAAAUUCCCAUUUGCAAAGAGGGAGAACAUCAAUAUAUAGGGGGGUUUACUAUCUGGAUACAAGCAUGCGGGCGUAACGUUUUUCGCGUACCGUUUUUGAGUGUUUCUAUGCUACAGCGUGGAGAAACCGGAUCACAUCUCGCGUCUGUCUGUACAUAGUUGCCUA